UUUAAGAGAGAAACUAGCAUCUGGACAACCUUGGACCAUCCGAACAUUACACCGUUUUAUGGCUGGGCUCUGGAGGUCGACUUCGAGCUGCAUCCGUGCAUCGUAUCACAAUAUUGCCCCAACCUCAGCGCAUCCAGUUACCUCAGCGAGAAUCCAAAUGCCAACCGUACGAAGAUCGUCUAUGAAGCCGCCGAAGGAUUAAGUUACCUGCACAGCAGAGAAGUCAUACAUGGGGAUAUCAAGCCUAGGAACGUCCUUAUCAAUGCGCAUCAUGUCGCAAUGUUGUGUGAUUUUGGGCUUGCGAUGGCUCUCAGCGAUCAAGCGACAAUCCCUCAAGGGUCUAGCCGCUAUUCGACAAUCGAUUAUACCGCACCUGAGCUGUGCGUAGCAACGGAACCAGGGUUGCGUACUAGAGAAAGCGACGUUUGGUCCCUGGGUUGUACUGGGAUGGAGGUA